GCUGUGCCUCCCCACAGCCGGCCUCCGAGCGGGCAUCGUGGCGGUGGGCACGCAGCCCAAAUUGGAUGGCAAAGGGUCACUUCUGGGUGCCUUCCGCAACUGUGGGACUCUCAUGUGGCUCUUAUGUGUAGAAGAUGGCUGAACGCUUGAAAAAGCCCUUCAAAGACAGCCUGAGUGACAUAAAAGAACGAAUGAAAGAGAAGAGAAAUCAGAAAUGGAUAAGGUUGGGUAAAACUAUCCAGAGCACAACUAUGAAGUGCAAAAGACCAACCAACAGCUCUGUGCAAAUGAAGAGCAUCCAAGCAAACAACAAAGCUCUGGCUCAGGCUUUGCAAGAGGAAAAGCUCAAACUCAGGGAUGCCCAAACUACCAUUCUUCAUUUAAUGAAAGAGUAUCAAGAUCUGAAGUUUCAGAUGCUUGCCUUGCAAAGAAAUCUUUGCUUCAAGCAAGCACAAGGACUUGUUGAGACUAAACUGUCAGCCUUGAGUGAGAUAAUCUCAAAAGUUUCUAAGAACUUACUGGAGUCAGUUGAUCUCCUUGGCCCAGCAAAGGACUUGUGUUCCAUAGGUGUAAAUCAGAGAGUGCUUUCUUCAGUGCUUGAAAAUAAUUCCAGUGUCAUAAGAAAAAUAAGUUCUGUAGAGCUUCCACAGUGUGCUGAUGGAGGUGAUCAAGUACUUCCAAGUAGACUGAUGGCUGAUAGUGAAACAAACGAGCCGUCUCAUUCUGUGACAGAUACUUGUCAGUUACCUGGCAAUGCCAUUUCUUCAAUCGAAGUAAUUCUAGACAAAGGAAAAACAUCUGAUUUUCAUGUGGACAACAUAGUGUCAGAGCUGGAUUCUUCAAAUGGAGAUGGAUUUAGUAUCGUGUUACCAAAAAAUGUGUCCACCAGGCGUCGCUGUUCAAAGAUGAGAAAUCAAGAUGAACUUUGCAUGGGUAUCUUGGACUGUUUGGAAGCACCUGAUUCAACAAGAAUGCCUUCUAAACAGGAUGAAAUUGGACUUGAAAGUCUAUAUACGUGUACUAUAAAAAACACAAAUUCAGAUAUUUCUCAUGUAAACGAGGUAGGUUCAGAGCUGGUGUUGAGGCAGUUGGAUUCUGAAACUGCAAAAGUCAAUUCAGCCAACAGUGUUGAUCUUAAGGAACAUAAAUAUAAAAGCAGAGAUGGCUCUCAACUAAUAAGAGAGAAGCAUCAGAAGGUAAAAGUGGAAGGGACUAAAAAUACUUCCAGACCAAGACAAAAGAAAAGACAGGGUAAAGAGAAUUCCAAAGAAAAACUGGAUUUCUUGGGUGGCUCCAGUGAUGCUUAUGACUUCAAUUUUGAAGAGAGUGUCCACGUUACACCUUUUCGACAAAAUAAGGUCAAUGACACAGAUACUGUUGUAGAUGACAAAGAAAAUUCAUCUGUAACUAAUACCAUGGAGUCAAGUGAUAUUGAAGAAGAUUCAGAUGAUAGCCUUUAUGUACCUUAUAAGAGUAAAUGCAAAAAAAGGAAAAGUUCAGUGGACAAGACAGAUAUGUCACCGGUCCAUGUAAGGCCAAGGUCUAAAAGAUGUUUGGUACAGCAUGAGCAGAAACUCUUCAAUGAAAAAGAGACUGAAAGCAAUAAAUCAAGUGACAAGUCUGUUAAGCAAUCUUCUGAGCCAUCUCGUGGUCAUCUCUCUGAUGUUACCAAUACUGCUUCAUCACUCCCUAGCAGUGGGAGUGUACCUAUUGUCCCUGAAGGUGAAAGACCACCAUCUCCAAAACGCAAGCGUAGCUGUACUCUUAUCGUGAGCUAUAAAGAACCAAGUAUUUCAGGGAAACUUAGAAGAGGAGAUCCAUUUACAGAUGUGUAUUUUCUGAAUUCACCAAUUUUCAAGCAGAAAAAAGAUUCUAAAAGCAGCUCUAUUAGGAAGAGAUCUCUAUCAAAAUACAACGAGAAAUUUGUUGGUUGUUGAGAUUUUUUGUCAUGCUCACAAAACUAUGAAGAAAGGAACACUUUCAUCCAAGAAACAAUUAUACCAUGCAACUAUGUCUAGUUGUCUAAUAGUAAGAAUAUAAAACGAAGCUUUUUGCUUUUAAUCCAAUAACUUUGUUUUUGGUGAUGUAGGAGAGACAGAUUACCUUUUAUAAUAACUAAGCUGAUUCCAUUUAAACUGUUUGGGGAGGAAACAUUCCUACAUCCUGAAUCUGUGAUUGUCAGAAAUGUGAUGGAAAAGAUGGUGAAUGAAAUUUUAUGACUUAUAUCCUGCUUCAUCUGACUGGCUGGCACAGGUGUGAACCUCAGGCACUAAAGAUCUAAAUUUUUUUUAAUAACCACGUUUGUACAGAUCUUAUUUAUGUAAUGGUUCUAGUUUCAUACUGAAGCUCAUAAUAAAUGCGUUUCUGUUGGAAAGUCAGAAUUGGCUGUUCUUUUUGCAGGGUUUCCGUAGUUGGUAGUAGAGUCAACUGUGGGCAUACUGUGAGCUAAGGUACUCCUCAUCUUACGCAGUAUAAGCAUGAUUGGAAGCAAGAUUGUCAGUUGUAAUCUGAUUACGUAGCUAGGACUCUCAAAAGUAUCAAUGAGGGUUGGCUGGUACUGCUAUGAACAUAAGCUAACUAGAUAGGAACAAAGCAAAGUAAGUUAUCUGUGAAUGUUGUAAAGACUGCUCAGUUGUGGUGAGUGAGGAAGUAAACUGCAAACACUUCUUGACCUCUUUGCUGUUAGGAACUUCAUAAUUCUGGACUUCAUGUGCAAGUGCCUUUACAAGAGGAAUACCUGCCACAUCUGAUACCACUUGGUACAACAGUUGGCAGUGAGCUAGAAAAACACUAUUAGAAACCAUCCAACAACAUUUCAAGGUUGCAUAGCACUUAAACUGGCGCUUUCUUUCACUUCAGAAACAGGAGUGAGUGUUAAUGGAUGCAUCAAUAGAAAGAGGAAAACUGCAUUCAAAAUAAAUGGGGAAGUACGAAAAUAGAUGUUGCUCAUUUGUUUUGCAAGACUGCCUGUCUCACCUGUCCUACUUCAAUAGGUAUAAGAGCUCUUUUCUAUAAUAAAAAUAUAAUGAUUUACUGGUUUACUGGUAACUUUUUA